AGUUGAAUCACACAUGUUUCCUGCAUCUUGAGCUGCAGCUGACCUGCAGUUACUGACAGCAGCGGCGGCCACUAGACGUCACUUGCCGGUAACUAUCGGCGUGGUGGGAGUAAAGAACGGCAAAACUUACGUGAUGAUUGUAGGGUUAUACUGACUGUCGCUGGCGCACGCCGAUAAAGCGGCUGAGGGUCAUCAUUCGAUCAAGUGACAGUGCAUAAAUUAGGAUUCUAGGAGAAGUGUUGUAUUGUUAAUUUGGGUUCCAAUUCAAUUUCAAAGGAAAGAACGUUACCCGAGGCUGCGUGCUAAGUAAAAUGGCGACCGAAGGUUCGACGACAACUGCCACGAAGCUUUACUCGCGGGCGGAAGUUGCUAAGCACAAUCAUAGCGAAGACACUUGGAUCAUAAUCCAUAAUAAAGUUUACGAUGUAACCGCCUUUCUCAACGAGCACCCUGGUGGCGAAGAGGUGCUCUUAGAACAAGCUGGAAUUGACGGAUCUGAGCCCUUUGAAGAUGUCGGGCAUUCUAGUGAUGCUAGACAUAUGAUGGAACCAUUCAAAAUAGGAGAACUUAUCGAAGAGGAUAGAACAAAAUCAGAAGAAAAAAAGAGCAGAGAUUGGUCGAGUGAAAAGAGUGAAGAUGACGAAUCUAGUGGUUCCUGGCGUUCGUGGUUAAUUCCUGUAGCGCUUGGAGUGUUAGCAACUCUUGUGUAUCGCUACUUCAUCAAUCCGUAUUAAAAACGACCAUUCCUGUGCUCUAUGGUACUUUUUAAGUAACUGUUAUUAAUGGAAAAAUUGUUAUUCAAGAGAUCAGCUUAGGUACUUGUGGUACACUCGAUGGUGUCUGAUAAUUAUAUACAAAUUAUACGUGGCAGGUGUGCUUCUAUGUAUCCAAAAUAACCACAUUUAUUUCAAACUGGUCCAAUUUAUGUUAUUAUAUGUACUAUUACAGUGGAAUCGUUUAUAAUUGAAUUUAUAAAGUUAACCUUAUAUUAUGUAUUGCGUUUAUCAUGACCCAUAAACUUAUUUUAUAUGGUGA